GGAAGCCGCGAGUCAUGUGACCGGAGUGGGCGUGCUUAGCUUGUUCCCGGAAGUGAGCGGGAUGCUGAUGUGGUUGCGACUAGUUCCUAUCUAAACAUGGCGCUUCUGUGUGGUGGAGGAUCCGGAGGCUCGGGGUUGGUCUUGUACGGGUUAUUGCUUCUGACCUUGCCGGUAUCCUGGGCUCGGUUCCACCAACUCAAGUUAAAGGAUGACAUCAGGCAGAAAGUGCUCCUCAACACGUUUGGCUUUUUCAAGGACGGUUACAUGAGCGUGACCAUUAACAGUUUCUCUCUGAAAGACAAUAGCGACUUUACCAACUACGACAGUUCCACAUUUGGCUUUAGCCUGGACAGAACGAGGAAUGACGGAUUCUUCACAUACUUGGACCAGGAGAUUCAUUCUUGUAUACUGAAGAAUCCCCCAACAGACGUUUCCAUUAUGCUCCUCAAGAUGGAUUUCACCAGGAAACUUGUUUAUGUUAGCAGCGCCAAACAUGAUAUGCCCCUUGUCUCUAUCUCGGAGAAGACUGAAGAGCCCCCCAAAAACGACUCAACUGCUGAACAACCUGCACCACUUCCUGCCAAGAUGAGCCGCCGAGAUACAGAAGCUGCAGAAGAUGCUGACAAAAAGAAAGAAGACACUUCGGAAAAAGCCAAAGAAGCCGCCGCUGAGGCUGGUACAAAGAAUGAAAAAGAUGCUGCACAAGAUGCCGAUCAAAAGAAAACCGUGGAAAAGAAAGAGAAAGAGCAAAAGGGUCCUAUUGCAUAUGAUGCCACUAUGCACGUGGAAAAGGGAGUUGCCUCAUUUCAGUUCUCAUUUAACAUCAGUUCAGAAGAGCUGGAGGGACUUUACAGUUUGUAUUUCCAUAGCUGCGCUGGAAACAGCAAUAUUGGGAAACAACAUGCCUUUAGCCUGGAUAUCAAAAUCGUAGAGAAGAACACGGAAAGCUACUUGUCCGCAGACGAAAUCCCGCUGCCCAAGCUCUACAUCUCCAUGGCUCUCUUCUUCUUUGUGGCUGGCCUGGUUUGGGUUCACAUCCUCAGGAAACGCAGGAGUGACGUGUUCAAGAUCCACUGGCUGAUGGCUGCGCUGCCUUUCACAAAGUCAUUGUCACUGGUUUUCCAUGCUAUUGACUACCACUACAUUUCAUCCCAGGGAUUUCCAAUUGAAGGCUGGGCGGUGGUUUAUUACAUUAUGCACUUGUUAAAAGGAGCCUUGCUUUUCAUCACCAUCGCUCUAAUUGGAACAGGCUGGGCCUUUGUGAAACACAUACUCUCUGACAAGGACAAGAAAAUCUUCAUGAUCGUCAUUCCCCUGCAGGUGCUCGCCAAUGUGGCAUAUAUCAUCAUCGAAUCCACAGAGGAAGGCACGACAGAAUACGGGCUGUGGAAAGAUAUCCUGUUCCUGGUGGACUUUCUGUGCUGCGGAGCCAUCCUCUUCCCAGUUUUAUGGUCCAUCAGACAUCUACAGGAGGCUUCUGCCACAGAUGGAAAAGCCGCCAUCAACUUGGCAAAGCUCAAGCUCUUCAAACAUUACUACGUCAUGAUUGUUUGCUUCAUUUACUUCACCCGAAUCAUCGCCAUGUUCAUCAGGUUUGCCAUCCCCUUCAAGUGGAAGUGGAUGUACCAGCUCUUGGACGAAGUGGCCACGCUCAUAUUCUUCGUACUGACCGGCUAUAAGUUCCGCCCAGCGUCUGAUAACCCGUAUCUGCAGCUUUCUCAGGAUGACGACGAGGACGACCUGGAAAUGGAAGCAGUAGUGACGACCACAGGCGCAACGGAAGGAGUGAAGAAAGUGAAGAAGGUGGUGAACGGCUCCUCGGAGCCCCGGUCAGACUGGGAGAGCACUGCGUGAGGACGGACCAACCCAAACGACUUUUAAUUUAUUUUCUACCAACGACAAAAAAAAAAAAAAUGCGGGUCAGACUGGUACACUUUCCCUUUCUUUUCCUAUUACAACUAAGACAAUUAUUCUCCUGGCUUAAUAUCCCCACCUUCAAACGAAUGCGCCUCCAUUUUUAUUUUCCCUUUGUACCAUACACAUUAGGACGUGGUAGCCCUAAAUGAACUCCUGGACAUUUAGUGCCCAGCGAUGGUGCAAAGAGGAGCCACAGCUUGUGCCUCCAGAUUCCAUAUUCCAUAGGAACUAAUGAGCUACUUUACUAUAUCCUACGUUCCCUGUUGGAUCCCAACUUUUAUUAUGGUUCCACCUGCUGGAGGUUACUUUCAUAUGUAAAUAUUCCUUUUGAUUUUAUAGGGGAGAGACUAUACGAUCUCUCACACACACACAUAUAUAUAUAUAUAUAAAUAGGAAUAUAGGAAAUGUUAUAGAGGUAAUUAUUGUAAAGUGCCGCACACCCCACCAUAUGGGACAUGGUUAUUGUUGCUGCUGGACAGAUGGACAGACACAGGUGGGGAAAGGACAGAUCUCUAUUGUGUGCAGUGCUUCCUUCAGUCCUACCUUGGCCGCUCUGUCUCCAGUAGUAGAACCCUAAACAAACAUGGCUUCCCUCAAUAACCAUGUGCUACCCUGGGCAAUAGUAAACUGAGGCUGGUGGGCGUGGCCUAGUCUAUUUCCCAUUUAAAGGGCCCGUACGUGCUCCUCUUCUCUGACCAGCCUCCUUCAUUAAACUAUCCGAGCUCUUCUGAUUUACAGAUCAUUUUGUGUUUGCUAAUAAUACAGAAGACUUUGAGGGGGAAUAUAUAUAUUUUUUUUUAACCAUUUUAAAUAUUAUUGCCCCUAACAUUUAUAGACAGAAAAGCUAUGGCCUCAUCUUGAUUGGCUGCUGGAAAGGCAAAAAGUAAGCUUUAUCAGAAAGGUCUAUAUAAAUACACCAGUAAACCCUCAAAGUAAUGCUGCUCUGAGUCCUCUAGAAACUUGGCAUGCACCGAAUCCAGGAUUCAGUUCAGGAUUCUGGCUUUUUCAGCAGGAUUCAGAUUCGGCCGUAUCCUUCUGCCCGGCCGAAACCGGGGAGAGGAAAUUACGUGUUUUCCCCUUCCCGCCCCUAAUUUGCAUAUGCAAAUUAGGAUUCAGUUCGGUAUUUGGCCGAAUCUUUCACAAAGGAUUGGGGGUUUCGGCCUAAUCCAAAAUAGUGGAUUCAGUGCAUACCUAAAAGAAACGCAGCAUUUCUUUGCUUCUAUUGUGUACUCAUAGGCUUCUGUAUCAGACUUCCUGUUUUCAGCUUAAACCUCCAGGGCUAGGGCUUGAGCAUGCUCAGUUUGCUCCUCUCUCCCUCCCUGCUGUAAUCCGAGCCCAGAGCUAUAAGUGAGCAGAGAGAGACUCAGGGAGGAAGUGAUGUCAGAGGAGCAAACUGAGCAUGCUCAUGCCCAGGGCAAGGAGGUUUAAGCUGAAAACAGGAAGUCUGAUACAGAAGCCCAUGAGUACACAAUAGAAGGAAAGAAAUGCUGUGUUUCUUUUGACAGAGGACAGAGCAGCAUUAGUUUGAGGGUUUACUGGUGUAUUUAUAUAGACCUUUCUGAUAAAGCUUACUUAGUUUUAAACCUUUCCUUCUCCUUUAACACCUUAUAGGGGCUAAUCAUUUAUAUAUUUAUCAGAAUUAAAGGCCAUUGCACCUCACAGAGGUUCAUGGGAGUGUUGGCUCUGUGCCCACAAAUUCUUUUCAUCCCCGUUAUAUGUUAAACUUCUUCAUAAGCAGAUGGGCGUGUUGGGCAGUAAGAGUGUGGCUUAGCAAAUACAGUAGGGUAUGACAGUGACUUUAACACUUUACUUCCCUGUUGCCUGAUAUGCAACGACUCCUGAAACUGUUCAUUACUGUAGAAGGCCAGCACCUAGAAGCAGUGAGCAGGGUGCUGUUACUUUUUAAGUUGCAAGUCUACACUUUAUUUUUUUUUUUGUGAAUAAAAAAUUGUAUUUGCUUUACUAAA